AUGGCGAUCGCGACUCCACUUCUCGCGUUGCUUGUCCUCCUGCUGGGGGCCCACUUGGCAGAGGCGCAGUUGCAGCCGGAGUGUCAAGCAGGUAAGAUUACUCUGCGAAAUGCGACGGCCUUCAUCACGACCAGUGACAUCUUUGGUGAGGUGGCGAAUGUGACAUUUCACUUCUGCUCCGUGGCGGCAGAAGACAGUAGAUGCAGCAGCACCGGAGCGGGGUAUGUGGAGGUCGCUAACGAGACCGAGUGUGUGGAGUCCUUUUCUGUGUUGGUGCAGCCGCUGACGGCGAGCGGGCAGCAGAGCACAUACUUCAUUGUAGCCAACGCGAAUGGGACAUCUACGUUCCGCGUGAACAUGCAAUGCAACACUAGUGGUACCCCUGGUGAGGUUCUUUACGGCGGCAAUAUAUCGAGUGGUGAAGAGGAUGGGAUUCUCUGGUUUGAGGCAAACUUUUUCUCUCUGGAUGGCUGCGAAGUAAACAACUUCUUCUGCGAGACGGCGGAUGACUGUGUUGGGACAUCGUGCGUUAACGGCGUGUGCAUAGACACUACCUGUCCUGUUCUGAGCACCCUCUCGCAGACUGUGACGGUGCCGUCCAACUACCUGUCGUUGGUGCGCGUGACAGACUGCUACGGAUUCCCGGUCCAGGGGCUUCUUGCAGAGAACAUAUCGGUGCGUCUAAACGGCGACUCCAUUGACGACCCGCCACUCUCCUUCGAGGUGGACAACGUGCGGCGCGAGGCGCAGCAGGGCGGGGCCGUGCAGAUCACGACGCUGAUGAUCCACCAGAGCCGAUACGUGACCUCGCAGUACGAGGACGAGCUUAAGGCUGCUCUGAAGGCACUCCUCCAGAGCCUCACGGCGGGGCAAAGUGCCGACCACUACAUCGCCCUCGUCGUGUUUGACGGGUCGAGGGUGCCCAUCACGGUGCAGCCGCACACCACUGACAUUGCUCUCCUCACCAGCGCCGUUGACGGCCUGCCGUUGUUAAUGCCGGACCCCUUGUCAACCAAUUUGUAUGGUGCAAUCGUCUUUGGCCUUGAGGCAAGCUAUCAGAUGCAGUCGACGUUUGGGGGCGAUACGUAUACAACGCUUGUGAUCUGUUCCGACGGAUAUGACACGGCGGCACGCGUGACACAGAAGGAGGCGAUCCAGAAGGCGCAGUACUUCGCCGCCAGGAACGUCACAACAUUGGCCCUCGGCAUGUCGAAUGCGUCCGACAUUGCUUUCCUCCGCCAAGUCGCCACUUCCGGGUACUUUGAAGUGUCGUCAACGGAUGCGCUCGUAGCGUCCUUCGAACGGAUGGCAUUGCGGAUUGCCUCUCUUUACCAGAAUGUGUACUACGUUCUUUUGUGUAUCCCAGUACGCAAGGGCAAUUUGACGAUUACAGUUUCACUGAAUCCCCCCGACGUUUUCCAAAAUGUUCACCCACUGGAGUACCAGGUGAACAGUGACGGAUUUAUGGGGGGAUGCAAUGAGUCCAUCCUCAACCAAACUGUAUCAACGGGAAGCAAUUCGUCAAGCCCUGGUUCCGCGUCGGUCUUUCUUCCCUCUGGGGGGUCCAUCAACACGAGGGUAGAUGCCUACGGUGGUUUUUUCUUUCACACCAACUGCACCGAUGAAGAAUGCGUUGUGAAUGUGACCUCCGAUACGUAUCUUAGAGGAAACACCCUGACCGUGCUGGUGCUUGUUCGGUCUCGUUGUUUGUUGUCGCCAUUCUGUUUCGACGACUCCUUCAACGGGACCUAUGCUGUCCGAAACAACGAAUCGGAAAACUAUCAGUUUAUGCUGAUAUCUGGCAUGAACAUACCAACAACGUUCAGCAUUGUAUCCCAGGCCUCGCCUCACUGGACAGUGCCACCGCCUUUUUUAAGCAACAACCAGACCGGCGUCAGGAAAAUGGCAGGCGAAGCUGAUAGAUCCGCCAUUAUCAUAUUCAGCCUCACAACUGUGGCGAUUCUUGUCGCGGUUUUCUUGUGUCUCUUUCUGCAUCGCAAGCAGACCUCGGGCGGCCCACGGGGUAUGGGCGCACCGUACAAACUUCCUCCUGGACGAACCGGGUCUUACGUGGGGCACUCGUCCCUCACCUCAUUAGAUCUCCCCGCGCUGCCUCACAUGGAGCAGCUUGACGAGGAGGGAUCUUACUAUCACCGUUUGCAAUGA